AUGUUCGCACUUCCACAGGCGAUUCUAUCGCCUGAUGUCAUAUCAAACAAGAAAGUCUCGCCAGUCAGCGAUUACAAGCAGAACAUGGCGGAGCCCACACUGAAGAAGAAGAAAUCAUGGUUUGGUCGGCGCGCGAACGACACUGACAAUGAUGCGCCACCGGUACCAACAAUGCCUGGCACAGCGCGAUCGUCUGACGACACUCAAGGAUCAACUCUAGUUGGGCCGGACUCGGCGCGAACAAGUGAAGAAUUUGAGCUCAAGAAGGGCAAAACAGUUUGGCCAUUCUUUCGAAGUCCUAAGCCUGACUCCGGUCGAGCUCUGUCCAGCCCUAUCAGCGGCCAUGACCUCCUCAGAACUGAUAGCGAGAUCUCGGUCACGAAGACAACAGCGGUUGAGACUGGACGACCACGAUCAAAGAGCAGUGUGAAGCUACCACAGGCCUACUUUCCUGGCGAAAGCCCCACCGUUGACCAGAGUGCCGUGGGCGCGACGGAUACGAAUACGCUCAGCGGCAAUACGACGCAGAUAUCAGCUGGCAGGAUGCGGUCCAAAAGCACACCAAGACGACCAGAGCUCCAGAUUCAGACAAAUCACAGACCGCACGUGGCUACUGCUGGACAACACAACAUCGAUCAGACCCAUGGAUCAAAAAUUUCAUCGUCACUGAAAUCGCUACCUCCAAUGGACUUUGGAAGGCACCCCGAUGAACGAAUGAAAAGCUCGCCGAAGCGUUUGGAAAUUGCAGCAGACUCCGCAUCCCCUUCCGCGACCGCUCGGCUCUUAGACAGUCCUUCUGUCGCUUCUUCCAUGCAUGGUUUCGCACCCGCUACACCAUCCUCCUUGCGCACCGUCAGUACGCCUACUACAGCUGGUCACGUUCCUCCAGAUCCAGAGGACGACUUUUCCACUUUUCUGAGGGUCCAAGAGUCGCAUAAUGCCACGAAGAGAUCCUCCAUCGCAUGUGAGCCACGUCUCCCGAGAGACGAGGUAGCCACUUUCAGUCAGAGUCCUGUCAAAAUUGCGGCGCAAAGGCCAGGACGCAAGAUCAGAACGGAGAAGAAAGUCGUGAUGCAAGGCGGCUAUACCCUUGAUCAAUACGUUUCUUCAGUCGACCCGGAUUCACCAGGACUGCCAUCGACUGAUUUGGCAGACCAUGAUCCCGAAGCAUGGGAAAAAUGUAUUGAGAACGCGAAGCAUCAAAUCCAGCUCGAUCUGGAGCGAGAACAAAAGCUCGCAAGGGAACUUCUCGAUGGCGAUGCCGAUGCCAGCAAUCACGCCGCUUACGACGAGAAACGCAACGCCUACGAACAUUUUAAGAACGACAAUUUGAUCAGAAUCGGUGAAAAUCUUGCAUCAUGUGCGAGUCACUACCGCGGUUUAGAAUUGAAGGAACACAAUGAGACCGAGACUUGCUACCGGAUACUUGGAAGUGAACUACGGGAGAUGCAUGUUGAGAAGGAUGUUGGCAGCAAGAUGGAAGGACUUUUGAACAGAUUCUUGAAGAAAGCUACGACCGGCAAGAGCGCCUCAACGACACCCACACAGCCGCGAACGGUUCCACGGAAGUCCUCGCUGUCGCACCUAGCGCACAUGCUACAUUUGUCGCCAAAGCCGUCGUCAGAAGGAGCUGAUGUCUCGCGCGCAAUGGGAUCAUUCGUCGAAGCCGAAGAGGACGUGGACGAAAAGCGAGAUCCGGGACUCCGAGACGAUUUCGAUGGGAGCUCGUCUUUCGCCGCAAGCAGCAUUGGGGAAGAUGAGAUGACAGGCUUGGGAAUCACAACUGUUGAUACCUGCUCUUCUGAAGGCAGUGGAACUCCGUACGCAGCUUACCGCGAUGACCCGACCAAGACGAUAUCGCCUCCGUCUAUCAAGCCGCCAUGGGAGACAUCGCACUUCAGCCUGUGCAACCCUGGUCCAGCGAGCGUCGUCGCGCAGAUUCGCAAAUUCAAGCGUGGCAGCGGAAUCAUGACCGCUACAUCGGAGUGUGGCGAAAUUUGCGAAAGAGAUGCGGAUAAUUAUGCAAUCGAUGAGAGUCGGUCCGUGUGGACAAUGCCAAGGCCUCCAUCGCGACGCAGCAUCCAUAGCGGUGACACCGAGUACGCAGACAACGAAGAUUGGGAGGACGUGGCAGACGAUCUCGUCGAUGAAGUCAACGCUGCUGGAGCCACGUCUCCUUCAUAUCACCCAUUCGAUGACGAAGGCAUUGAUGCAUCAGCCCAAAAAGCAGCAAGCACUAUUACAGCAGCGCGAGAUCGUGGAAGCAUCUUGGUGAUCGACCGCAAUCCAACAUUUGAAGGCGCUGUGGUCUCUCGCAGCGCUUCAAAGCGCCAGGACAUGUUCAAAAGGUUCGAAGACGUCAGAGAACGCAGACAGGCUCGCCAAGCCGCAAACUCAGCACAGCUCGUUCAUCCAGCGAUUCGAGACCAGUCUGGCGCUGCUCCGACACCUACAAGAAGCGCCCACGCCACUAUUCAGAGACUGAUGGACGAGGAGUCGCCGGCAAUACCGCCCAAGAGUGCUCUGCGGAUCACACCUCCCAAGUAUGGCGGCCGGAUCUCGCCAGGCAAAGGCUUCACCCCGGUCAAAGACCAGCUUGCACAGAUGGCUGGCAGCAACAACCUGAACGCAUCGCCUUUCCCAUUCCCUCGACCGGACAGGCUUGCGCCAAGCGUUGCCACCACGCCUUCUGAACGAGCAUCCACCACAGCCCAAGCCGACGACGAUCAGUAUCAGUAUCUUGUCAGCUCACAGUCACCGCUUGAGGAACAAAUCGACACCAUGGUCGACAAAUGGAACAAGGCCACGCCGGACAUGUCUAGUGAACCGUUCGGACAACCAGAAGACUCCAACACUUCUCAAGCCAACAUCUCUGAUCUUCAACAACUUCGCCACAAGCUCGGACUCCCCUUGCUACAAGCAAAGAGCGACGCCGACCGACCACAUCCAAACCACCCCUACGUCUGGGACACCAUCAACAUCAUGUGCUUCGGCGUCCACAAUCCCUCCAGUCGCGAAAGCACCUCAACCCUAACGACCAUCAGCUCCGAAGAAAGCCCCCUCGCUCGCCUCAGCGCUCGCACCAAUCCCACUGCAUCUACUCCCCCCCAACCCCAACCCUCCACCUGCAAAGCCAAAUCCUGCUUCUACUGCGGCUGCACCUGCUGCUACUACGCCGAACAAGCCCAAAUCGCAAAGCUCCCCUUCACGCGCGACUCCGACCUGAAACUCCGCAUCGAGCGCGCACGUCAGCACGUCUCUUUCCUCCGAGAACAUUCCGGCGGGAAUGGUAUCGAGAAUUACGAUACGAAUCUUGAGUGCUCGUCCUGCGAGAGGGUGUUUUGUCCGGAGCAUGGGGAUAUUUGCGAGUUUUUGAAUUGUCGGGAGCCGAUUUGUGGAGUUUGUCGCGAGGUUAUGAAUGGGGGGUAUUGCUGUGCUAUUGGAUUCCGUACGCCGAGUCUCGAUUCCAGCCAGCGAGCUGUGAAGCGCUUCAACCUGUGA